AUGGCGACCCAGGGAAAACGCCUCGUGGUAUGUCUGGAUGGCACGUGGAUCAAUAGCGACCAGGGCUAUAAUCGCCCAACCCUUCAUGAUCCAAAUUAUACUCUCCAGGUUCCUUCUAAUGUGACCCGCCUGUAUCGGGCUCUGCGAAAGAAGGGUCUGGAUGGGAAGAGUCAAGUUGUUUACUAUCAUCCGGGCGUGGGUACUUCUGGAACUAUUUCAGACACAAUUGCCGGCGGGGUUUUCGGUGCUGGCGUCGAUGAAAACAUCCGGGAAGCCUAUAGUUUCAUCGCAACAAAUUAUGAGCCUGGCGAUGAGAUCUUUCUCAUAGGGUUUUCCCGUGGCGCAUUCACCGCUCGUAGUGUGGCUGGACUCAUGACGGAAAUCGGACUUCUCACAAACAGAGGAAUGGAAUAUCUCUACCCAAUCUUCAAGGAUUCAGAGAACUUCAGAAACCCCAACUACAAGGACAAAUUUCCCACUAUACCAUUCCCUAACAAACCCAUUGAUCAAAGAGAGUACAAGCUCCGUCUUGAAGAUGAGGGACUCACCCGGCUCUAUGACCCAGAUGGGUACCGUAUUAAAAUUCGUUGCGUCGCAGUUUUCGACACAGUUGGAAGCUUAGGUGCGCUGGCAAUUAUCUCUGGUGGAAGUUGGUACGACACCACUCUCUCAAACACAAUCGAACACGCCUUCCAAGCUCUCGCCCUAGACGAAGUCCGCACAUCCUUCGCCCCGGCUGUUUGGGAACGGCCUCGCGGUGUGCACACGGAUCUCCGACAAGUCUGGUUCUGUGGAGCUCACUCCAACGUUGGCGGUGGUCUUCCCGACCAAGAGCUCGCUAAUGUCACUAUGGCCUGGAUGAUGGAUCAGCUAGCCGAUCUUGGCGUGGCCUUCGAAGCAGAUACAAUUGAUCUGCUUUUCCAAGAAAGUGUUCGCUACUAUUACGAUCAAUCUGAAGACGGGGAACCGACCGAUGACAGCCGCAAGCGCAAGCGGUGGAAGCAAUGGGCGGUUGAUUCCAUCUACGAAGAGCACAAGCCCGUGCGGCCGUGGGGUCUCGGUGAGAUCGUUCAACCGGAGACUGGAUUCUACAAGCUGGCCGGUAAAACAACUCGCACGCCUGGAAUGUAUCAUCGUGUUGAUCCACAGACUGCCCUUCCUACGGAAUAUUUCUUGGAAGGGACCAACGAGCGCAUUCACCGAUCUGUUCGGAUUCGACUCGCUCUCGACGGUUUAAAUUACGACGACGUUGGCCUGUACAAAUGCCGUGCUCUUCUUCGAAAGGGCCCUUGGCAGCUCGAGAAGCUACGAGUUAGGUCUCGUCGUGAGAUACGCGAGCGAGAUGCCUAUGGAGAUGAGGACGAUCUCAUCCAGCAGAGUCAGGAUUAUCGGUGGGGAUGGGUGUAUGAUGGACCUGCAGAGGAGACGCCUCCGCAGACCAUCUUAAUGGAAGAGGAGCUGGGCCCGUAUGAGAAGAAGCUUCUUGGUCUGAAUAAGGGUAUGUUGACAACUGCUGUGGUACUGAUUGAAUCCCCUACUGAUCUUAUUCUCGAUGUUGCAGGCCGGCCAUUUUAUAGAGCCAUCUUGAGGGAUGACAAGCGCUAA